AUGUUCGUCUGUGAACCCUUUCAAGUCGUUUUAGAAGCUAUUGUGGGCAAAGGUCACGCCGGCGACAUUGCCGUUGAUGAUACAUCAUUCACGCCGGAAUGUAGUUUGGGUAAUGUAGGUUUGGUGACUGUAACAACGCAACCAACGACAAUUACACCUAAUCCAUGUCAACCAAACGAGUUUUUAUGUAUUGAAAAUCGACAAUGUAUCAAUGGCACAUUAGUUUGUGAUUUCAAAAAAGAUUGUUUGAACGGUAGUGAUGAGGCCGCCUGUGGUACAUGUAAUUUUGACCAACAACAACGAUAUGGAUGGCGAUCAGUUGGCUUUUUGGAAUACGACUGGACACUUGGAACAGGCAAAGCGCCAAGUGGGCAAUGUCCGGACGCAGAUCAUAUGGAAAAUAAUGGAUAUUAUUUAUUAGUCGAUGGUACGAUGAGUGACAGUGAAGAUUAUAAGUCGAUUCAAUCACCAGUGUUGGGCCCAAGUGGUAUCGAAUGUCAGUUGAAGUUUUGGUAUUACAUUAAUGGAAACACCGAUUAUUCGGCAAUUGAUGUAUUUUUACAUCGAUUGGUCAAUGGUACAGAUAUUCAUGAUUUUCUACAAUGGUUUGAUGAAGAAGCACCUGAAUGGCAACAAGCUGUCGUGAAUAUUGGCCAUCAAGCGGACCGAUUUUCUGUUGAAAUCGAUGGUUUUCCGGGUGAUGCGAGCGACAUUGCAAUAGAUGAUGUAGGGUUUUUUAAUUGUCAAACAACAACACCUAUACUAGACUUACCAAUUGAUUGUACAUUCGAACAUGAUUGGUGUAACUAUUUUCGUGAUGAUACGGCAGACUUUCAAUCGGACAGAGUGAAUCAUACAACAUACUCAGCUGAAACCGGACCUGGAUUUGACAGUGAAUUUUAUUAUUUAAUUAGACAAGAAAACGAUAAAGCCCGUUCAUUAUCAGCUAUUCAAAAUCCGUCAACGGGACAACCCCGUUGUCUCUCCUUCUGGUAUCAUAUGUACGGUUUAGAUAUUGGUACGCUCAAUGUCUACGUUGAUUCUGUUUCACCUACGGAUUUUUCACGAAAACUAAUAUGGCAGAAAUCAUCAAGUCAGGGAAAUCAAUGGCUUCACGGAACAAAAACGCUACAAGAUAUUAGUGACGGUGAUGCAAGUGUAUUUGGAUGCCGAAUUGUAUUUGAAGACGUAGUAGGAAAAGACUAUUUAGGUGACAUUAGCUUAGAUGGUAUAUUUGUUAGCAAUAAUCAAUGUCCAUCAACGAAAACAUGCGAUUUUGAAGUGGAUAUGUGUGAUUUUAAAGCUUCCCCGGAAAAAAGUUGGAUAAGGCAACAAGCAUCAAACAUGUCAAAUUUUGUUAAUAUGGAUCACACGACAUCAACAUCAUUAGGCUCGUUUGCACUAACUAAAGAACUUCAAUCAUCGAAGUAA